AGCUUGCCUAAUUAGUUAAGCACCGCCCAGGCGGCAGAUGUCAUGCUUCACAUUAAACGUUUAUCUUUAAUGCCUGGAAGGCGGGAGUACGAGAAGCGGAACUUUUUGAUGAAAGUGUAGCUAGCCGAAGUCGGACAAGGCGGUGUUGAGAUGUUAAUGUGGAAUAAUUGUUAACUUCAGGCGUCACCUGUGAUCAUAAAGUAUCUGCGAUAAUUUAGCUCACUUUCAGAAGUUUCCCUACGUUAGCAUCAAACUUGGUUGUCUUUUCGUCAAGAAGUAGCUUGGUUGGCGGAAAGGCUAAGAGUGUUUUGACGCUAGAAUGGCGUCAACAAAACCUACGCAUAAUGAUGGCAAUCUGCCCUUUACUGCCCUGAAGCUCCUGGCUCCACCUGUGCGUCUGAUGUCUGCAGCCCUCUGGAAGGUGAUGAAGCAGAGGGAUGUGAAGCUCUAUGGAGUUGUGGAAGAAUUUGUGACGUCUGCAUGCGAGACUGUGCCAGGGUUGCUCACCUUGAGACAUCAGAGCAAGCUUGCACUGGGGCUGAGAGGCCGGCUAAUCUUGGAGCUUUGCUCGGAACAAGCUGAUGCAAAUACCAUCAAGUCCCACCUGCAAAGGAUACGUUUUCCUCUUAUGCCUUCAACAUCUUCAGCUGCUACUGUGAAGACGGAUGUGAAGAUUACUAAAACAGUUGAAAGUUUCCACAUGUUGGUUAACACGCUGCUGACUGAUCAGGUUGCGAAAGAACAGUUCUUCAUGGAGGAUUUCCCUCAAGAGUAUGGUCCUUUGUUUGACCAGGAAUUGGAGAAGCUACUGUGGGAGUUUCUUAUUCGGCUGGAUCAACUGGUCCCUGUUCCCACGCUUGCUCAGACGGUGUCCUGGCUCAGUGAAGCCCCUGCUGUUUUGGAAGAGUGUGCUCAAGCAGCUACUCAGCCGCAACUGUUAAAGAUUUUGCUUCAGCAUCAAACCUGUCUCGGGCACCUGGAGGCUGCAGCAUCCCUCCCUCCCAACAUGGGAGACUCCAUCCUGGCUUCCCUCUCUUUGCCCCUCUCUGGAAAAGUGCCCUCAAAUCCACAAGCAAGACCCGUAAAAUCCUCUGGGGAUGUUUCAGAUGCUGCACAGACACCAGACAAAACGCCCUUCAUCAACCCAGUCAUUGGGCUGAUAUCUAACAAAGACGUGCCAGCUCUGAGCUCUGCUGGUCAUCAGAACUGGAAGGGUGACACAGAUGGGCGGCCAAAAUUUACUUCUAUUAAACCGAUGUUGCCCAAGUCCAAAUGUGACUGCGCGGAAGAUGGCGACAGAAUAGCAUCGAGACGCAGUGGGGGAAGAGCAUCAAGACGAAGUGGCGGCGUGAAACGCAAGCAUGCUGGCAAAGGAGAGAGUGCGUCCGAUGACGAGGAAGCAUCCGGCUCAUUCCGAGAUCCUUCCACCUGUCCCAUUGUUGCCUCCUGCCUCAACCAUCAACCCAGAGUUGUCAUCCAAAAACUGCCAAUCUCCAAACCAGUGGGUCAAGCAGGGAUGUCGUUCUACUGGCACAGGCACGUGUCACCAGCCCAAACCUCCUCGCUUAAAGCCUUGAGAGGCCACCAGUCUCAAACAUCUACCCCUGCUGAUGUUCUCAGCUUGGACAAUAAAGAAAAUCAUCCCAUGGUAGCAUCUGUAGACGCCACCUCAUCUCCCCAGCAGUGCAACGGAGAGGCUUUGGCCCCUCCUGGCGAUGCUGACGACUAUGUUGCCGAUUCUGAGGAUGAAGCCACCAAGAACUUCAAAGGACGGUUGUUCAUGAAGCGCUACUGCAAAACCAAACACGGCACAUAUUUUCCCACUCUGAGGGAAUUCUGGAAACCAGGCAUGGCGCAGCGGAACCUCUCCUUGCCUCUUUGCAGCAAAAGGAGACGGUGAAAAUGACCUUUUAGUGUAGCACAGGGGUAGGGAGCCGCAUAAAAUAUAUUGAGAUUGUUUUUUUGCUGGCAUUUUAGAAGUAAAACAUUACAGAAAUCAUGGUGUUAAAAAUAACGUUGAAAAUAUUGUAUUGUCAUAGCCUACUGGGGUCAUUGAGAGGUGAAGAAGUAAACUUCCAUCCUUUGAUCAAAUAGCUAAUUCUGGCUAGUAAACCCUUUUGAAAAUGGUGAAAAGAAAGAUACAGAGUACGGUGCAAAACCAUGCAGCACUGUGAGCUUCAGUAUAACAAUGUUAUUUAAAACAAAAAACAUUCUGAGACUUAUUAUAUUCUAAAAUUAUUGGUCUUGCUUUAAACUGGAUGCAUUUAAUUGUAUUCAAUGUUAAAAUAUAUUAUAUGGCUCUCACAGAAAUACAUUUUAUUUUUUUAUUUUUUAUUUAUUUAAAAAAAAAAAAAAAAAAAAAAAAAACAGAAAU